AUGUCACCGGAGUAUGCAAUGGGAGGUAUAUUUUCAAUAAAAUCCGACGUCUAUAGCUUCAGAGUUUUGCUGUUGGAGAUCAUCAGUGGCAAAAGGAACAGUGCACAUUACCAUGAAAAUCCUUCUUCCAGUUUGGUAGGCCAUGUAUGGGAGCUAUGGAAGGAAGGAAACUGCGCCGGCAUUGUCGACAAGUCGAUGGUUGAUUCAUGCUCCGAAGAGGAGGCCUUGAGCGGCGUUCCAGUCGCCACCGACGCCCACCACCACCACCAAGCCACCCCUCAGGACCCCCUCGACCGUCGCCAACCGCCCGUCACCGCCGCAGCUCGCUGGAGAGCCGGAAAACCAGAAGCUCAGCCCGGUUCCCCUGUUUUGGGGCCGGUUCUGUGUGAGCUCAAGCUCGCCGGUUCCGCCGCCUCCAGCUCCUGUCUCCGGCCACCUGCAACCUCCUCAGACACCGUUGGACGUGUUCCAGCCGCCGCCGCACUCAAUCCCGCCGGCCACCGCCCCAAACGACCAAAAAACAGAACCGGAAUACCCUCCCCUGCUGCUGUACAGUGCAGUUUUAAAGACUGA